AUAUCAAUUUUCACGAAUUUUAAAAUCAUCUUUCGCAUAAAUGUAUCCAAAUAUGGUUCAGUUCUAGUAGUAAAGUUUAAUUAACGAUUAUUACAUUAUUCUGAUAGUCUUUCACUCGUAAUCGUAUUAGUCAUCCGAUCACCAUGGCAUUCUCCAACAAGUACAUUUACGCCUCUUUACCCAGAACUCAGCGAGGACAACCUAUUGUCCUAGGAGGUGACCCGAAAGGAAAAACUUUCUUAUAUACGAACAACAACAGCGUUAUUAUUAGAAAUAUCGACAAUCCUGCCAUUUCCGAUGUCUACACCGAACACUCGUGCGCCGUUAAUGUGGCCAAAUAUUCACCGAGUGGAUUUUAUAUCGCUUCUGCCGAUCAAAGCGGUAAAGUACGAAUAUGGGAUACAGUCAAUAAAGAACAUAUUCUUAAGAAUGAAUUUCAACCCAUAACCGGUCCUAUUAAAGAUUUAUCAUGGUCUCCUGAUAAUCAACGUAUGGUUGUAGUCGGAGAAGGACGAGAAAAGUUUGGCCACGUAUUCAUGGCUGAAACCGGUACUUCAGUUGGUGAGAUCUCCGGACAAUCUAAAUGUAUUAAUACUUGCGAUUUUCGACCUUCUCGACCCUUCCGAAUUGUUACUGGUAGCGAAGAUAAUACCGUAGCUGUCUUCGAAGGACCUCCGUUCAAAUUCAAGAUGACUAAACAGGAACAUUCGAGAUUCGUUCAAGCUGUGAAAUACUCGCCUAACGGUGCUCUAUUCGCGUCGGCCGGUUUUGAUGGCAAAGUCUUCCUGUACGAUGGUACUUCUUCCGAAUUAGUUGCCGAAGUUGGAUCUCCAGCUCAUAAUGGAGGUGUCUACGGAGUUGCCUGGAAACCAGAUGGUACUCAGUUGUUGACUGCUUCCGGAGAUAAAACGUGUCGAUUAUGGGACGUCGAGACGAAAACUUUGAUUUCUGAGUUCCCCAUGGGUAACCAGAUAGAAGAUCAACAGGUAUCGUGCUUGUGGCAAGGUAACUACCUGUUGUCAGUUGCUCUCAGCGGAUGUAUUUCGUAUCUCGAUGUUAAUAAUCCGGAUAAACCCAUCAGAGUGAUCAAAGGACAUAAUAAACCGAUAACUGUGCUUGCCUUGAGUCCUAAUCGUAAAACUAUCUUUACCGGAUCGCACGACGGUAUUGUCACUACGUGGAAUAGCGAUACUGGUGAAAACGACCGUAUCGAUGGUACUGGCCACGGUAAUCAAAUCAACGGUAUGAAAUCUACCGAAGAAUUCGUCUAUACUUGCGGUAUCGACGAUAAACUCAAAGAAAUCAAUGUUCUCAACAACGUGUACACACCGUUCGAAAAUAAACUCGGAUCCCAACCCAGAGGCAUGGAUAUCGCGGAAAAUACAAUAAUUACUACGACUAUCAAAGAAGUUAUUGUGUUCGAAAAUAAAAGCAAAGCUUUCAGUCUUCCGGUAAAUUAUGAACCCGCUUGUGUUAGUAUUAGUCCAGAUAAAACUUUCGUCGCCGUUGGAGGUUCCACUGACAACACCGUUCACGUUUAUAACUUAUCAGGAUCCAGUUUGAGUCCCAAAACCGAGCUUAAGCAUUUAGGAGCUAUUACUGAUUGCGCUUUCUCACCCAACGGACAAUACUUCGUGGCUUGCGAUACAUAUAGGAAAGUUAUUCUGUACAAAGUGCCCGAAUUCGAGCUGGCCCAUAAAAAAGAAUGGGGCUUCCAUAACGCCAGAGUAAACUGUAUCGCUUGGUCUCCCAAUUCACUUCUAGUUGCUAGUGGAAGUCUCGAUACCGCUAUUAUCAUCUGGAGUGUAACCGAUCCUGCCAAACAUACGAUUAUCAAAAAUGCUCAUUCUCAAAGUCAAAUCACGAAACUAGCUUGGUUAGACGAUACGACCUUAGUAUCAGUGGGUCAAGACUCGAACACCAAGAUCUGGGAUAUUACUCCGAUCUAAAUAGGCUAAACGUGCCUAAUCUGUGAUUGGUAUAUUUUGCUUUUAUAAGAAUUUUCUAAAACACAAAAAAGACCACGACUUGUUGGAAUUAUACCUCUUUUGCAUUUAUUUUUAUCGUGUGGUUCCUUAUUUCGAUAUAUCUACAUAAGUACGUUGAGUAUUUGAAAACAAUUUUCAAAAAAUUAAAAAUAAACGAGUCAGGUAUUUAAAUAAUCAAAAAUAACAUUGUUUUAAUAAUGCAAUAUAUUUUAUUUAUUUUUG